AUGCCAGCCCCCGGGAUGGGCGCCCCAGCAGGGUGCCGGGCGCUGGCGUGGGCCCUCGCGGCCCUGCUCUUGGUGCAGAAGGCAGGCCCUGCACAGCAGGGACACCCAGCCGCCGGGGCUCUCAGCCUUCGUCAGGAGAAGUUGUGUGCCCGAGGGAAACCACUCGGAGAUGGGAUGGGGGUGGGCGCUGGGGGCUGCACUUUCUCCACUCUGCCCUUCGAGAAUGGCCUGGGGUACGAGGGCAGCCCCCACGGUGGCUCUGAAAUACCUCCUGGAAAUAGGGCUGCCAUGGAGCCAACAGAGACCCAGGGCAACACGGAGCUGAGCUGGGCGAGCGCAGAGGCUGCCGCGGACGGUCAGAGGGAGGCUGUUGCCCAGCACAUGAUCUUCAUCCCACCCAUCACUGUCUUCCCCACCAUGAGCCCCGCGAACCCGGCGCACAACGGGCGGGUGUGUAGCACCUGGGGCGACUUCCACUACAAGACCUUCGAUGGCGACAUUUUCCGCUUCCCCGGCCUCUGUAACUACGUCUUCUCCGCACACUGCGGCGCCGCCUACGAGGACUUCAACAUCCAGCUCCGCCGCAGCCUGGCCAGCUCCAGGCCCACUAUCACCCACGUCGUCCUCAAGACCCAGGGGCUGGUGGUGGAGAUCUCCAAUGGCUCUGUCCUCAUCAACGGGCAGCGGGAGGACCUACCCUACAGCCGUGCUGGACUUGUGGUGGAGCAGACCAGCGUCUACGUCAAAGUCAACGUCCGGCUGGCGCUGACCUUCACGUGGAACGGGGAGGACAGCGCUCUGCUGGAGCUGGACCCCAAGUAUGCCAACCAGACGUGCGGCCUGUGUGGGGACUUCAACGGGCUGCCUGCCAUCAAUGAGUUCUACGCCCACAACGCCAGGCUGACUCCUGUACAGUUCGGGAACCUGCAGAAGCUGGACGGGCCCAUGGAGCAGUGCCAGGACCCCCUGCCCUCCCCAGCUGACAACUGCACCGACGAGGAGGGUAUCUGCCGCCGCACCCUGCUGGGCCCGGCCUUCGCCCAGUGCAAUGGGCUGGUGGACGCCGAUGUGUACGUGGCCGCCUGCACCCAGGACCUGUGCCGCUGCCCCACCUGCCCAUGUGCCACCUUUGCCGAGUACUCCCGCCAGUGUGCCCAUGCGGGGGGCCAGCCACAAAACUGGAGGGGCCCUGACUUUUGCCCCCAGAUGUGCCCCCUCAGCCUGCAGCACCAGGAGUGCGGCUCACCGUGUGCCGACACCUGCUCCAACCCUGAGCACUCGCAGCUCUGCGAGGACCACUGCGUGGACGGCUGCUUCUGCCCCCCAGGCACAGUGCUGGACGACGUCACCCACACGGGCUGCCUGCCCCUGGAGCGCUGCUCCUGUACCCACAGUGGCCGCAUCUAUGCCCCAGGGGCCUCCUUCACCACCAGCUGCAGCUCCUGCACCUGCUCCAGGGGGCUGUGGCAGUGCCAGGACCUCCCAUGCCCAGGCACCUGCUCCGUCCAGGGCGGCUCCCACAUCUCCACCUACGAUGAGAAACUCUACGAUGUGCACGGAGACUGCAGCUACAUCCUGUCCAAGAAAUGUGCAGACAGUAGCUUCACCGUGCUGGCUGAGCUGCGGAAAUGCGGCCUGACGGACAACGAGAACUGCCUCAAGACGGUGACACUCAGGAUGACCGGCAGUGGGGACACAGCCAUCCAGAUCCAGGCCAACGGCGGGGUGUUCAUGAACUCCAUCUACACACAGCUGCCUGUGUCAGCAGCCAACAUCACCAUCUUCAGGCCCUCGUCCUUCUUCAUCCUGGUCCAGACGGGCCUUGGGCUACAGCUGCAGGUGCAGCUGGUGCCUCUCAUGCAGGUGUACCUCAGGCUGGACCCCUCCUACCGAGGCCAGAUGUGUGGCCUGUGCGGGAACUUCAACCAGAACCAGGCCGACGACUUCCGGAUCCUCGGUGGCGUGGUGGAGGGCACAGCCGCCCCCUUUGCCAACACCUGGAAGACCCAGGCCGCCUGCCCCAACGUCAAGAACAGCUUCGAGGACCCCUGCUCCCUCAGCGUGGAGAACGAAAACUACGCCCAGCACUGGUGCUCGCUGCUGACCCACCCUGCCGGCGCCUUCUCGCCCUGCCACACCAUCGUCAACCCUGCACCCUUCCACUCGAACUGCAUGUUUGACACGUGCAACUGCGAGAAGAGCGAGGCCUGCAUGUGCGCGGCUCUGUCCUCCUACGUGCGGGCCUGCGCUGCCAAGGGCGUGCUGCUCCGCGGCUGGAGGGACGACGUCUGCACCAAGUACAUGAGCAGCUGCCCCAAGUCCCAGACCUAUGCCUACGUGGUGGACGGCUGCCAGCCCACCUGCCGCAGCCUGAGCCAGGCCGACGUCACCUGCGGCAUCGCCUUCGUGCCAGUGGACGGCUGCACCUGUCCCUCGGGCACCUUCCUGGACGACGCCGGCGCCUGUGUGCCCGCCGAGGCCUGUCCCUGCUACUUCCGCGGCUCCGUGGUGGCUCCGGGAGAGGUCGUGCACGACGACGGCGUGGUGUGCUCCUGUGUGAGUGGGAAACUGAGCUGCCUGGGAGCCGAGGAGGAGACAAGCACAGGGUGUGUGGCUCCCAUGGUGUACCUGGACUGCAGAAACGCCUCAGCGGGCACACCCGGGGCCGAGUGCCUCAGGAGCUGCCACAUGCUCGACGUGGACUGUUUCAGCACCCACUGUGUGUCUGGCUGCGUCUGCCCCCCGGGGCUGGUGUCGGACGGGAGUGGGGGCUGCGUGGCUGAGGAGGACUGCCCCUGUCUGCACAACGAGGCCACAUACAAGCCCGGGGAGACCAUCAGGGUGGACUGUAAUACCUGCACCUGCAGGAGCCGCAGGUGGGAGUGCAGCCAUCGGCCCUGCCUGGGCACCUGCGUGGCCUACGGGGACGGCCAUUUCAUCACCUUCGACGGCGAGCGCUACAGCUUCGAAGGGAGCUGCGAGUACACACUGGCCCAGGACCACUGCGGGGGCAACGGCACCACCAACGGGACCUUCCACAUCAUCAGUGAGAACGUCCCCUGCGGGACCACGGGCGUCACCUGCUCCAAGGCCAUCAAGCUCUUCCUGGAGAACUAUGAGCUGAUCCUCCAUGAGGGCACCUACAAGGUGGUGCAAAGGGGGUCGGGCGGAGACCCGCCCUACAAGAUCCGGUACAUGGGCAUCUACCUGACCGUCGAGACCCGCAGUGGCAUGGUCGUGUCCUGGGACCGGAAGACCAGUGUGUUCAUCCGGCUGCGCCAGGAUUACAAGGGGAGGGUCUGCGGGCUGUGCGGGAACUUCGACGACAACGCCGUCAACGACUUCACCACACGGAGCCAGUCCGUAGUGGGCAACGCACUGGAGUUUGGCAACAGCUGGAAGUUCUCCCCGUCCUGCCCGGAUGCCUCGGCCCCCAAGGACCCCUGCACUGCCAACCCAUACCGCAAGUCCUGGGCCCAGAAGCAGUGCAGCAUCAUCAACAGUGCCACCUUCGCCGCCUGCCGUUCUCAGGUCGACUCCACCAAGUACUAUGAGGCCUGCGUGAGCGACGCGUGCGCCUGCAACUCGGGAGGCGACUGCGAGUGCUUCUGCACCGUGGUGGCCGCCUAUGCCCAGGCCUGUCGCGACGUGGGCGUGUGCGUGACCUGGCGGACUCCCGACAUCUGCCCCCUGUUCUGCGACUACUACAACCCACGCGGGGAGUGCGAGUGGCACUACGAGCCGUGCGGGGCCCCCUGCCUGAGGACCUGCCGGAACCCGAGUGGGCAUUGCCUGCUGGACCUGCCUGGCCUGGAAGGCUGCUACCCGAGGUGCCCACCCAGCAAGCCCUUCUUCAGCGAGGACCAGAUGGAGUGCGUGGCCCAGUGCGGCUGCUACGAUGAGGAUGGCAACUACCACGAGGUCGGCUCCAGGGUCCCCACGGCAGAGAAUUGCCAGAGCUGUGACUGCACCCCUGGCGGCCUCCAGUGCACGUACAGCCUCACGGCCUGCACUUGCACCUAUGAGGGCAAGACCUACGGCUACGGGGACGUCAUCUACAACACAACCGAUGGACUGGGCGCCUGCCUGACUGCCAUCUGCGGAAACAAUGGAACGAUCAUCCGGAGAGUCGUGGAAUGUCCUGGAACCGUGUCCACGACACCCUUCACCUUCACUACCACUGCGGCCCCGCUGUCCACGACAGGCCCAGCUCCCACCAUCUCCACUGUGUGUGUGCACAAGCAAUGCCACUGGUCUGACUGGUACGACAGCGGCCGUCCAGAGCCCGGCAUGGGAGGGGGAGACUUCGAGACGUUUGUGAACCUGAGGCAGAGGGGCCACCAGGUCUGCCCAGCCCCUGAGGGUGUCGAGUGCCGGGCGCAGCAGCUCCCCGACAAACCCCUGCAGGAGCUGGGCCAGAAGGUGGAGUGUGACAUGGCUCGGGGGCUCACGUGCCUCAAUAGCGAGCAGAGCCCCCCGCUCUGCCACAACUAUGAGUUGCGGGUCCUCUGCUGUGACUACAUGCCCUGUGGCACCUCCCCGGCCCUGGGCACCAGCCCCAGUCCCUCCCCCGGCAGCACCACCUGGGUGUCAACCCUCAAGUCCCUGCCCACCCCCACCCAGACCACGUCAACGAGAGAAAGCCCCCUCGGGUCGACGGCAGCCUCCACCUCGCAGACCCCACCUGCCAUGCCUGCCACAACUGAGACCCAGGAGGUCGGCAGCUCCUCAACCCCGGCUGCCACCACCUGUCAGCCCAAAUGUCAGUGGACAGGGUGGUUCGAUGAGGAUUACCCCAAGUCUGAGAAGGCCGGGGGGGACAUCGAGUCCUACGACAGGAUCAGGAGUGCGGGAGGGGCCGUGUGUGAGCGGCCUCAGGAGAUAGAGUGCAGGGCCGUGCUCCUCCCCAGCAUGCGCCUGGAGGACCUGGGCCAGCGAGUGCACUGCGACCCUAGGUUCGGCCUGGUCUGCAGGAACGAAGAGCAGGAGGGCGUGUUCAAGAUGUGCUUCAACUACAAGAUCCGCAUGCUGUGCUGCAGCGACAGCCACUGUGGGGAAGCUGCCUCCACCUCCACUGCCACCACCGCUGCCACUGCCACCUCCACUGCCACCACCGCUGCCACUGCCACCUCCACUGCCACCAGCAGCCCAGGGGUGACCACUGUGGUGCCUUUCCUCUCGACGAGAUCAACAUCCCAAGCCACAUCCCUAAACCCCAGCCACACGGCCACACACAGGACGUCUGCCACCAGGAGCCUCACGGCUCCUCCAGGUUCCACAAAGCCCACCACCCCAGAGAGAGCCACGUCAGUCCUUCCAACUCGCACAACCCUGCAGGGGACCACAGGGGGCACCUCACAGGGACCCACCUCCAGGGCUCACGCGACUACAGGAGCACCAGCCAGCACAGCCAGCACCAUCUCAACCAGCCCGCCACCCACCUCACGCACCAAGACGAGCACAUCAGGAGCAGAGACGCCAACAGGAACUCUGGUACCAACGGCCACGACCGAGGCCAACACCAACCAGGGCACAACCAGCUGUCAGCCCAAGUGCGAGUGGACGGAGUGGUUUGAUGUGGAUUUCCCAACCUCGGGGGUCACAGGAGGCGACAUGGAGACCUACGACAACAUCAGGGCUGCGGGGGGCAGGAUGUGCGCGGAGCCAAAGAGUAUAGAGUGCCGGGCGGAGAAUUACCCCGAGGUGAGCAUUGACCGGAUCGGGCAGGUGGUCAGCUGCAGCCUGCAGGCCGGGCUGGUAUGCAGGAAUGAAGACCAGCAGGGCAACUUCAACAUGUGCUUCAACUACAACAUCCGCGUGCUCUGCUGUGACUACGGCCACUGUCCCAGCACCCCGGCCACCACCACAGUCACUCCCCCGGGGACCACCCUGGGACUGACCUCCCCAACGGCCAGUGGCACCAAUGCCCAGUCCAUGACCACCCCGAGCCCCAGCACAGGCCCCAGCACAGUGACCUCCGGGUGCCAGCUCUCCUGCCACUGGACCAACUGGCUGGAUAGUGACCAGCCCUUUCCUGGCUACAAUGGGGGUGACAUCGAGACCUACUAUCACAUCGUGGGUGCAGGAGGCCAGCUCUGCUUGGAGCCAGUAGCCAUCGAAUGCGAGGCCGUCCUCUAUCCCGAAAUACCCCUCGGGCAGCUGGGCCAGGUGGUGCAGUGCAACGUGGAUUACGGGCUCAUCUGCAGAAACAGCUGGCAGAGCGGAGGCCAGACCUGCCUCAACUACCACAUCCGCGUGCGCUGCUGUCCUUCCUCCCCCUGGACUACUCCUAGGGUCUUCACCACUCUGACAUCUCGUGCCUCCCUCAGCACCACGGAGAAGGUCACUGUCCCCACUCCUGUGACUGGUACCUUUUCUCCCAAGACCACCAAGGUGACAGUCCCCAGUACCGAGACAGGACCCUCUUCUCCCGGGAUCACCCAGAGCCUCCCCGUCACCACCACUAUGACAGGACCUUCCACUGCCAGGACCCCCCAGGGAGUCAUCAUGCCCACCACUGCGACAGGUCCCUCUUCUCCCGGCACCAAGCAGAGGCUCUCUAUCCCCACCUCUGUGACAGGUCCUUCCUCUCCCGGGACUACUCAUAGGGUCCCCACCACUCAGACACCUCUCACCUUCCUCAGCACCACAGAGAAGGUCACUGUUCCCAGCCCUGUGACAGGUCCCUUCUCUCCCGGGACCACCCAGAGGGUCUCCAUCUCCACCACUGAGACAAGAUCCUCCUCUCCUGGGACCACACAGAGGGUCUCCAUCCCCAUCCCUGUGACAGGUCCCUCUUCUCCUGGGACCACCCAGAGGGUCUCCAUCGCCACCACUGGGACAGGUCCCUCCACCCCCGGGACCACCCAGAGGGUCUCCAUCCCCACCACUGUGACAGGUCCCUCCACUCCGGAGACUACUCAUUGGGUCCCCACCACUCAGACACCUCUCACCUCCCUCAGCACCACAGAAAAGGUCACUGUCCCCAUCAGCCAGACACGUCCCUUUUCUCCCAAGACCACCGAGGUGACGGUCCCCAUCCCUGUGACAGGACCCUCCUCUCCCGGGACCACCCAGGGGGUCUCCAUCUCCAACACUGAGACAGGUCCCCCUUCUCCCGGGACCACCCAGAGGGUCUCCAUCCCCACCACUGCAACAGGUCCCUCCACCCCCGGGACCACCCAGAGGGUCUCCAUCGCCACCACUGCAACAGGUCCCUCCACCUCCGGGACCACCCAGAGGGUCUCCACCCCCACCAGUGCGACAGGUCCCUCAACCCCCGGGACCACCCAGAGGGUCUCCAUCGCCACCACUGCAACAGGUCCCUCCACCCCCGGGACCACCCAGAGGGUCUCCAUCGCCACCACUGCAACAGGUCCCUCCACCCCCGGGACCACCCAGAGGGUCUCCAUCCCCACCACCGUGCCAGGUCCCUCCUCUCCGGGGACUACUCAUAGGGUUCCCACCACUCAGUCACCUCUCACCUCCCUCAGCACCAUGGAGAAGGUCACUGUCCCCACCAGCCAGACAGGUCCCUUUUCUCCCAAGACCACCAAGGUGACAGUCCUCACCACUGAGACAGGACCCUCCUCUCCCAGGAUCUCUCAGAGCUCCUCCAUCAGCACCACAGCGACAGGUCCCUCCAUUCCUGGGACCACUCAGAGGGUCUCCAUGUCCACCCCGGUGACAGGUCCCUCGUCCCCGGGGACCACCCAGAAGUACUCCAUCUCCACCACUGAGACAGGUCCCUCCUCUCCCGGGACCACCCAGCGGGUCUCGAUACCCACCCCUGUGACAGGUCCUUCCUCUCCUGGGAGCAACCAGAGGGUCUCCAUCUCCACCACUGGGACACGUCCCUCCUCUCCCAGGACCACCGAGGAGACUAUCCCCACCCCUGUGACAGGACCCUCCACUCCCAGGACCACCCAGCAGGUCUCCAUUCCCACCUCUGUGACAGGUCUCUCCUCUCCUGGGAGCACCCAGAGGGUCUCCAUUGCCACCAGUGUGACAGGUCCCUCUUCUCCCAGGACCACCCAGAGGCUCUCUAUGACCACCUCUGUGACAGGUCCCUCCUCUCCCGGGAUUACUCAUAGGGUCGACACCACUCAGACACCUCUCGCCUCCCACAGCACCACAGAAAAAGUCACUCUCAACAUCACUGAGACAGGUCCCUCUUCUCCCGGGACCACCCAGAGGCUCUCUAUCACCACCUCUGUGACAGGUCACUCCUCUCCCGGGACUACUCAUAGGGUCGCCACCACUCAGACACCUCUCGCCUCCCUCAGCACCACGGAGAAGGUCACUGUCCCCACCUCUGUGACAGGUCCUUCUUCCCCCGGGACCACCCAGAGGUACUCCAUCUCCACCACUGGGACUGGUCUCUCCUCACCCAGGACCACCCAGAGGGUCUCGAUCUCCACCACUGAGACAGGACCCUCCUCCCCCGGGACCAGCCAGAGGGUAUCCACACCCACCAGUGACACAGGUCCCUCCACUACUGGGACAACCCAGACGGUCUCCAUCCCCACCCCUUUGGCAGGUCACUCCUCUCCCGGGACUGCUUAUAGGGUCCCCACCACGCAGAAACUUCUCACCUCCCUCAGCACCACAGAAAAAGUCACUCUCCACAUCACUGAGACAGGUCCAUCUUCUCCCGGGACCACCGAGAGGCUCUCUAUCCCCACCUCUGCGACAGGUCCUUCCUCUCCCGGGACUACUCAUAGGGUCGCCACCACUCAGACACCUCUUGCCUCCCACAGCACCACGGAGAAGGGCACUGUCCCCACUCCUGUGAGAGGUCCGUCUUCUCCCGGGACCACCCAGAGGUACUCCAUCUCCACCACUGGGACCGGUGCCUCAUCUCCGAGGACUACUCAUAGUGUACCCACCAUUCAGACACCUCUCACCUCCUUCAGCACCACAGAGAAGGUCACUCUCCCCACUAGCCAGACAGGUCCCUUUUCUCCCAAGACCACCGAGGUGACGGUCCCCACCACUGAGACAGGACCCACCUCCCCCGGGAUCACCCAGAGCUUCUCCAUCACCACCACUGUGACAGGUUCCUCCACUCACAGGACCACCCAGAGGGUCUCCAUCCCCACAGCCGUGACAGGUCCCACCUCUCCUGGGAUUACUCAUAGGACCCCCACCACUCAGACACCUCUCACCUCCCUCAGCACCACUGAAAAAGUCACUCUCCACAUCACUGAGACAGGUCCAUCUUCUCCCGGGACCACCCAGAGGCUCUCUAUCACCACCUCUGUGACAGGUCCCUUCUCUCCUGGGACUACUCAUAGGGUCCCCACCACUCAGACACCUCUCACCUCCCUCAGCACCACAGAGAAGUUCACCGUCCCCACUCCUGUGACAGGUCCUUCUUCCCCCGUGACCACCCAGAGGUAUUCCAUCUCCACCACUGGGACAGGUCCCUCCUCUCCGGGGACUACUCACACCGUUUCCACCAUUCAGACACCUCUCAACUCCCUCAGCACCACAGAGAAGGUCACUGUCCCCACCAGCCAGACAGGUCCCUUUUCUCCCAAGACAACCGAGGUGACGGUCCCCACCACUGAGACAGGACCCUCCUCCCCCGGGACCACCCAGAGCUCCUCCAUCACAACCACUGUGACAGGUCCCUCCACUCCCAGGACCACCCAGAAGUACUCCAUCUACACCCCUGAGACAGGACCCUCUUCCCCCGGGACCACCCAGAGGGUCUCCAUCCCCACCACCGUGACAGGUUCCUCCUCUUCUGGGACAACCUAUAGGGUCGCCCCCACUCAGAAACCUCUCACCUCCGUCAGCACCACAGAAAAAGUCACUCUCCCCAUCACUGAGACAGGUCCCUCUUCUCCCAGUACCACCCAGAGGCUCUCUAUCACCACCUCUGUGACAGGUCCCUCCUCCCCCGGGAUCACCCAGAGCUUCUCCAUCCCCACCACUGUGACAGGUCCCUCUACUCCCAGGACUACUCAGCGGGUCUCCAUCCCCACCACUGAGACAGGUCCCUCCUCUCCCAGGACUACUCAUAGCGUACCCACCAUUCAGACACCUCUCACCUCCCUCGGCACCACGGAGAAGGUCACUCUCCCCACUAGCCAGACAGGUCCCUUUUCUCCCAAGACCACCGAGGUGACGGUCCCCACCACUGAGACAGGACCCUCCUCCACUGGGAUCACCCAGAGCUUCUCCAUCACCACCACUGUGACAGGUCCCUCCACUCCCAGGACCACCCAGAGGGUCUCCAUCCCCACCCCUAAGACAGGAUCCUCCUCCUCAGGGACCACCCAGAGGAUCUCCAUCCCCACCACUGUGACAGGUCCCACCUCUCCAGGGAUUACUCAUAGGAUCCCCACCACUCAGACAACUCUCACCUCCCUCAGCACCACAGAGAAGGUCACUGUCCCCACUCCUGUGACAGGUCCUUCUUCCCCCGUGACCACCCAGAGGUAUUCCAGCUCCACCACUGGGACAGGUCCCUCCUCUCCGGGGACUACUCACACCGUUUCCACCAUUCAGACACCUCUCAACUCCCUCAGCACCACAGAGAAGGUCACUGUCCCCACUAGCCAGACAGGUCCCUUUUCCCCCAAGACCACCGAGGUGACAGUCCCCACCACUGAGACAAGACCCUCCUCCCCCGGGACCACCCAGAGCUCCUCCAUCACCACCGCUGUGUCAGGUCCCUCCACUCCCAGGACCACCCAGAGGUACUCCAUCUACACCCCUGAGACAGGACUCUCUUCCCCCGGGACCACCCAGAGUGUCUCCAUCCCCACCACCGUGACAGGUUCCUCCUCUCCCGGGACUACUUAUAGGCUCCCCUCCACUCAGAAACCUCUCACCUCCCUCAGUACCACAGAAAAAGUCACUCUCCCCAUCACUGAGACAGGUUCCUCUUCUCCCGGGACCACCCAGAGGCUCUCCAUCACCACCUCUGUGACAGGUCCCUCCUCUCCUUGGACUACUCAUAGGGUCCCCACCACUCAGACACCUCUCGCCUCCCACAGCACCACGGAGAAGGUCACUGUCCCCACCCCUGUGACAGGUCCCUCUUCCCCCGGGACCACCCAGCCGUUCUCCAUCUCCACCACUGAGACAGGUCCCUCCUCCCCUGGGAUCACCCAGAGCUUCUCCAUCCCCACCACUGUGACAGGUCCCUCUACUCCCAGGACUACUCAGAGGGUCUCCAUCCCCACCACUGAAACAGGUCCCUCCUCUCCCGGGACUACUCAGAGAGUCCCCACCACUCAGACACCUCUCACCUCCCACAGCACCACGGAGAAGGUCACUGUCCCCACUCCUGUGACAGGUCCUUCUUCCCCCGGGACCACCCAGCUCUACUCCAUCUCCAUCACUGGGACUGGUCUCUCCUCCCCCGGGACCACUCAGAGGCUCUCUAUCCCCACGCCUGAGACAAGUCCCUCCUCUCCCGGAACUACUCAUCGGGUCCCCACCACUCAGACACCUCUCACCUCCCUCAGCACCACGGAGAAGAUCACUGUCCCCACCAGCCAGACAGGUCCCUUCUCUCCUGGGACCACUGAGGUGACAGUCCCCACCACUGUGGCACGUCCCUUUUCUUCCAGGACCACUGAGGUGACUCUCCCCACCUCUGUGACAGGUCCCUCCUCUCCUGGGACUACUCGUCGGGUCCCCACUACUCAGACACCUCUCGCCUCCCUCAGCACCACAGAGAAGGUCACUGUUCCCACCACUGUGACAGGUCCCUCCUCCUCUGGGACCACUGAGAGAGUCUCUGUCACCAGUCCUUCCUCCCCCUUGGGAACCCAGACCACAACUGUCAAGCCAGGCACGCCCAGUGUCUCCCCAGCCGCCUCCCUGGUGACCUCCCGCAUAUGGACCACCCCAGCCAUCUCCAGCAGCUUGCCACAGUUCAGCGUGUCCACCACAGCUCCCUCCAUCCUCACCACCCUCAGGCCCACCGCCUUUUCCAGCCCACCCAUCUCUACCACAGCCUGCUUCUGCCAGGCAUUUGGACGGCUCUUCUUACCUGGGGACAUCAUCUACAAUAAGACAGACAGCGCCGGCUGCCAGUUCUAUGCCAUCUGCAACCAGCACUGUGACAUUGACCGCUUCCCAGGUGCCUGCCCCACCUCUUCACCCCUGGAGACCUCGAAGACCCCGGCACCACCGACCUCCCAGCCUCCUGGCUGCGACCUCAUCUUCCCUCCCCGACAGGUGAACGAGUCCUGGACCCUGGAGGACUGCACGGUGGCCAGGUGUGAGGGCAAGAACCGCAUCAUCCUGCUGGGGCCGCAGCCGGUGGCCAACAUCACCUGCGUGAACGGGCAUCUGCCCGUCAAAGUGUGGAACGAGAAGGAGCGGUGCGCCUACCGCCUGGAGUGCGAGUGCUCCUGCAGUGGCUGGGGGGACUCCCACUACACAACGUUCGAUGGCACCUCUUACUCCUUCUGGGACAACUGCACCCACGUGCUCAUGAGAGAGAUCCGCCCACGCGACGGGAACCUCAGCAUCUACAUCAACAACUACUACUGCGGGGCUGCCGCAGCUACCGCCCACUGCCCCCGCGCCCUCAUUGUCCACUACGAGUCCAUGAAGAUCAUCCUCACCACCACCACGGGCGCCAACGGGCAGGAGAAGAGCCUGAUCCUCUUUGACCAAAGGCCGGUGGGUGAGGGCUUCAGCAAGAAUGGCGUGAACGUGUCGGUGACGGGGACCACCAUGAUGCGCAUUGACAUUCCUGCCAUCGGCGUGAGCGUCACCUUUGACGGGCGCGUCUUCCAGGCCCAGCUCUCCUACAGCCACUUCAACCACAACACUGAGGGCCUGUGCGGCACCUGCACCAACAGCCAGACAGAUGACUGCCGCCGGUCAGACGGCACUGUGGCCCCCACCUGCAAGGACAUGGCCAGCUCCUGGCUGAUCCCCGACAGCAGCAAGGAGAGCUGCCGGGCAGCGCCCCUGCCCACCAGCCCCCCGCCCUCCACACGUACCAUGUCUGCCUCCACCACGUGCCCCCCAGCGCCCCUCUGCACACUGAUGCUGAGCCAGGUCUUCGCUGAGUGCCACGGCCUCAUCCCUCCUGGCCCGUUCUUCAGCACCUGCAUCAGCGACCACUGCCAGGCCAGCGACCCCUGCCAGAGCCUGGAGGCCUACGCGGUGCUCUGUCGUGCCCGGGGCGUGUGCAGCGACUGGCGCAAUGCCACUGGCGGGCUGUGCGAACUCACCUGCCCACCUGCCAAGGUGUACAAGCCGUGUGGCCCUGCGCAGGCCGAGUCCUGUGACUCCAGGAGCCAGAGCCCAGUGAACAAGAGGCUGGCGGAGGGCUGCUUCUGUCCAGAUGGCCACAUCCUCUUCAACUCCUACACGGACGUCUGUGUGCCCCAGUGCUCCUGCGUGGGACCAGAUGGGUUUCCCAAACUCCCCGGAGAGCGGUGGGUCAGCAACUGCCAGGACUGCGUGUGCGACAAGGACUCCGUGUCGGUACAGUGUGUCCCCGUGCAGUGCAAGGCCCAGGACCAGCCCCCGCAGUGCAGCCAGGCCGGCUUUGUGACCGUGACCAGGCCCCUGGCGGACAACCCCUGCUGCCAGGAGACGCUGUGCGUCUGCAACGUGACCACUUGCCCCCGGAGGCCACCCACAUGUGGGCCGAAAGAGGAGCUGACCAGCACCCAGAAUGAAGGCGACUGCUGCCCCACCUUCCACUGCCGACCUAAGCUGUGCACCUACAACGGCACCUUCUAUGGGGUUGGUGCAACCUUCCCAGGGGUCAAGCCCUGCCACACAUGCACCUGCCUGUCCACGGACACACAGAACCUGACUGUGCAGUGUGAGGAGAACGCCUGCAACACCCCCUGCCCCCAGGGCUUCGAGCACUCGAAGGUGGUGGGGCAGUGCUGCGGGGAGUGCGUGCAGACGGCCUGCCUCACGCCUGACGGCAGGCUGGUCCAGCCCAACGAGACCUGGGUCAGCAGCCCCGUGGACAACUGCACCGAGUACCGCUGCCAGGAGACGAACGGGCUCCACGUGCUGAUCCUGAGGCCCGCGCCCUGCCCGGAAGUGUCCAGCUGCAUGGGCGUCCUCCGGAAGAGCGGCUGCUGCUACUCCUGCGAGGAAGAGUUACACUCCUGCCGCGUCCGCGUCAACAGAACGGUGCUGCGGCUCGGGGACUGCACCAGCGGGGCGCCCGUCAACGUCUCCUCCUGCGAGGGCUCCUGCCCGGGCGUGUCCGCGUACUCCCUGGAGGCCCAGGCCAUGCAGCGCCGGUGCACCUGCUGCCAGGAGACCAGGGCCCACGAGGAGGCGGUGACCCUGCAGUGUCCCAACGGGACAGCUGUCCAGCACACCUACAUCCACGUGGACGCGUGCAGCUGCACCCCGUCCUGCGCCCCCUCGCCCGAGGCCAGCACCCCCAUCCACCUGCUCUAGGGGACCA